CUGACGACUUGAAAGAAUGGCUUCUCAAGAGACGGACGCGAAUGGUGUGCUGUUCGAGCAUGACGCGGAGACGGAGGACGCGGCCCUGGUGAAGAAACCAGUCCAACAAGCUGGAGACGCCAAGUGGGAGGCCCAUUACGAGUGGCAUAUCAUCUUAUUCGUUCCGCUGAUCUAUAUAGGCGGGCUGUACGGAGGCUAUCUGUUCCUGGUGUCGGCGGCAUGGCAAUCGAAGAUAUUUACCAUCAUCUUGUAUCUGACGUCGCUCCUGAGCCUUUCAGCGGGGGCCCACAGGCUCUGGAGCCACAGGGCCUACAAGGCUAAAUGGCCUCUCCAACUUAUCCUUAUGUUCUUCCACACUAGUGCUCUCCAGUACUCGGUGAUAAACUGGGUGCGCGACCACCGCAUGCACCACAAGUACGUAGACACGGACGCGGACCCGCACAACGCUACACGAGGGUUCUUCUUCUCCCACAUAGGUUGGGUGAUGAUGGGCAAACACCCGGAGUUCGAGCGCAAAAGCAAGGAGCUGGACCUUAGCGACGUCGAAACUAAUGCUAUACUGCAGUUUCAGCGAAAGUAUUACGUAAUACUGGCCACAAUUAUUUGCUUCAUCCUCCCCACUGUUAUCCCGGUCUACUUCUGGAACGAGACCUGGACAAACGCUAUCUUCGUGCCCGGGUUGUUACACCGCUUCUUCGUAUACAACGCCAUUGGAUCUGUCAACUCCGUUCUUCACAAAUGGGGAUACAAGCCCUACGACAAGAACAUGGCGGCUACACAAAUUAGUACUUUAAGUUAUGUAUUAGUGGGAGAAAGCGCCCAUAACUACCAUCACGCUUUUCCUUGGGAUUAUAGGACGUCAGAACUCGGCGCAAGCACGACGUUUAGUUUGACUACAGCGCUUAUAAAUUUAUUUGCAAGGAUCGGCUGGGCUUAUGACUUAAAGACUAUCUCUGAUGACGUCAUUCGGAAGCGUGUUAUACGUACUGGAGAUGGCUCGCACCAAAUUUGGGGGUGGGGCGACAAGGACCAGAGUAAAGAAGAGGUGGCAACUGCUGUAAGAAUAUACCCUAAACAUGAUUAAUAUAUA